GUCAACAAAUCAAUAAUAUUACAAUUAAAUGUAAUUUUAUUCAUAAAAUAUGAAAGCAGUGAUUUGAGAUUCAAUGAUAAAAGAGUACUGUAAUAUCUUUUAUGUGAAAAAUAAGUAGAACAUACUACACUUCCGACAGCUUACGCGUAACCGCCAAAAUUACGGACAGAAACGCCAUCUUGUGUAAAAAUGUUGACAUCUUACUAAAUUGGGAAAGAUUUUAUGAUUGCUGUUUAUUCGAGUCUGGUGACUCGAUUUGAGUAUUUAUAUACGUUAAAAAAUGUAACUUUAUCUACUAAUUGACACAUCAACAAGUUUUUUUAUUAUAAGAAAUUCAUAUAAUAUAAAGUCACGAUGUUUUACGCACAUUUUGUGUUGGCCAAAAAGGGGCCGCUGGCUCGUAUUUGGUUAGCCGCUCAUUGGGACAAGAAAUUAACAAAAGCUCAUGUAUUUGAAACGAACAUUGAAAAAUCUGUAGAUGGUAUAUUACAGCCAAAGGUAAAAAUGGCUCUAAGAACCUCAGGCCAUUUAUUAUUGGGUGUCGUAAGGAUAUACUCACGGAAGGCUAAAUACCUUUUGGCUGAUUGUAAUGAAGCAUUUGUCAAAAUAAAAAUGGCCUUCAGGCCAGGCAUGGUCGAUCUGCCAGAAGAACAUAGAGAAGCUGCUGUAACAGCUAUAACAUUACCUGAAGUUUUUCAUGAUUUUGAUACAGCAAUGCCAGAAUUAAAGGAUGUUGAUAUUGAAGCACAGUUUAGUUUAAACCAAUCUCGGGCAGAAGAAAUAACCAUGAGAGAAGAUUAUGGUAGCCUGGCUUUAGUUUCUCAUGAUCAAGGAUUUGGUGAUAUGAGUUUUGAUGCGGAACCACCAGAAUUACUGAGACAUGCUGGUGCUGUAGAACCAUCACUGGAUCAAACUCAUAUGUUAUUCACUGAUGGGCCAGGAAUCGAAGCAACUUUAGAACCAAAAGAAAAAGAACCAGUUCCAGGUCCAUCAGUAACAGCACAAGCUAUGGAUAUAGACAUGCCUAUUAGAGAUGACGGCUUCGGUGGACAUCUUGGACAAGAUAUUAUAUCGGGAGGUCUGUUUGAGGGUGGUUUAUUCGAUGAAGCACCAAUGGGUGAAGUACCUGUACCUGAGGUUAGUGCAGUAACAGAAGCACAAGAACCAGGUGUAGUCCCUGGUGCUCCACCCUCUGUUCACGAUGAAUCUGAAGAAGAAAUGGGAGAUCGCUUUGGAGGACCACCAUCUCCAAUGGGAGGAAUGAGUUCUGAUGAAUCCAGACCCGUUUCCCCAGCCGCGACCGGAGAAGAAGCAGAAGGAAGAAUAAGUGUUGCAAGUCGGCGUUUUACACCUGCUCCGCCUACUAUUCCCGAAGAGCGUCCAAUGGAAGCUAUCGAAGAAGCUCCACCGCUACAGGACCAAACUACAUUGUUACACGAUGAAGAAGAAAGUUUUGCUCUUGCGCCAGUUGAUGCAUCUGCUCUAAAAGGAUUCACAAAAGCUAAACGUAAGCGUAAGCUUAUCGUGGAUGAAGUAAAAAAUAUUUCUGGUGAAGAAAUGAAAGCACAAUUAUCAGACACGAGUGAUAUUAUUACAACUUUGGAUUUGGCACCACCCACGAAAAGAUUGAUGCACUGGAAGGAAACUGGCGGAGUUGAAAAAUUGUUUGCUUUACCUGGAAGACCAAUACCGGCACGUGUAUUAUUUAAGAAUUAUCAACGACACUUAACAAGCAAGUCCUAUGACCAUGAAGACUUUGGACGUUUAGCAGGUGAAGAAGAGGGUAUGCCCUUGGAACAAAUGAGAGAACCCGUGGAAGUAGAAUCAUUUGAACAAUCUAUUAUAAGUAAACGCAUGGGUCGUAAACGAAAAGCACCAUUCGAAGAGGAGGUAAGGCCACCACCUCCUGCGCCAGUACCUCCUCCAGUGGAAGCCGCCCCCGAAGCAAUAGAAGUUCCAAGCAUAGUUGCCCAACCAAGUCUUCCUCCCCCGGAAUCCCCAGUACCACCUCCGGAAGUAUCUUUACCAACGGAACCAUCGUUAGCCGAAAUCAGUGGCGUAGUGCCUCCUGUAGAAGAAGUAGAAAUGGCACCACCAGCAGCUGAAGCACCUAUGCUUCCCUCAGAAAUACCUGAAAUUACUCCAACCGAGGCUGUUGCCGCACCUGAAGAACCAACUCCAACCAUUCCAACAGAACCGGAAGUUACAGCUGCGCCAUCAGCUGAAAUGCCUCAGAUGGAAAAUAUGGGCUAUGAUCAGGCUCAACUUCAAGUACCCACCUAUCCCGGAUAUGAUGAACAUCCUCCACCACCCCACACGCCUGCUAUAUCCGAAAGAGGGCCCGCGACUCCAUGGAAUCACGAAGACUACGAAUUCCCACCAUCUGUUGGACCUGAAGAACAACAGAUAGAUGAAACUUAUGAACAGUUUGAAGAACGAGUUCUUAACAAAAGAGCAGCACACAUGUACCAAGUUAUUAAAAGUAAACUAGAAACCAAAGAUAGGUUGACGCUAUCGGAAAUGGCAUACAAAAAUAAUCGUAAACAGGUUGCACAAAAAUUCUAUACCUUAUUAGUUCUUAAAAAGUUCCAAGUAUUAGAACUGUAUCAAGAACGCCCGUAUACUGAAAUUGUAGUCAACAAAGGACCAAAAUUCGAAAAUCCUGCAUUGUAAAAGUAUUAGGUAUUUCUUACCUUAAAUUUACUGUUAAUGAAUGAUUGGGAUGGGAGAUUGUAACUAUUUUUAAUCUUACAGGAAAUAAGCGGUUUAUCUAAAUUCUUUUCUUUUUAAAAGAUAAAUUGUAAAAUAAUAUAUAAAGCUACUGGAAGUAAUUAUAAUUGUAAGAACACUGGUUUGUAUAAAACCAGAAGACAUUAUUUUGGACCUUCUGCAUGUUUAUUGUGAUAAAAAAAAAAUUCAUUGAAAGGUACAGAAAUUUACCAUUUAAAAAGUGUAUAAUUUUUUACUUCGAAGAAAUCAUCUUCAUUACAUUUAUUAUCAAUCCGAACAGGGUAGGGUUUGUAUAUAAUAUAUUAAUGAAUAGUAGACAUUUUAUAUCUUACUAUUUACAAGCAACUUCUUGAGUCUACUGCAGGACGGUCCAAAAUUAGUAAUAGUUUUACAAAAUAAUUUAUGAAGUUUGAUACGAUAAAUUUUGUUGAGAUAUUCGAAAAAAUAAUGGGGGAUUUAAAUCUAUAUAUUGUAUUGCUAAAUUUUCUUUAUUCAAAAUCAAGAACGUAUUAUAAUUUUUUCUCUUUAGCGUACUUAUAUCUACUAAUGUAAACAAUUAUUAAUGGAAGAAUCAUGAAAUUAUUUUAUGGAUAAUACUUUUAUGUAUUACAGUCAUACUUUAGGAUCAAUCGCAAGAUUAAGUUAUUUAAAUGCUAUAUAUAUUUUUGUUUUUACACUGAUCAUAAUCUGUAUAGUUACUUUUCCGUAUGAAUCACUGGGAGUUUAUGAUCCACUAUAAGUUAUAUCUAUGUUGUUAACAACAUUCCAAAGAGCUUUGAUUUAAUAGUCGCACUUUUGUGGUUCAAUUUUUAUCAUUGAGUUUUUUUGAUUGUAACUUGGAAAAAGGUUUACAUUAUGUGAAAAUUGUUUAAUCAUAUCUAACCGCUAUUUUAAGGAAAAUAGCGUUAUGAUUAGUAAUUUAAUUAAUCCAACAAUGAGAAAUGUUCAAUAAUUUAUUGUUAUAUAUGUAUACCUGCUUUAUGGGAUACAACUGUUAAAUCGUAAUAAAAAGAAGGUACUAUAUUUUAUCAAAUUGACUUGUCAGAAAUAUUUCAAGAGCAAUCAUGUUACAUUGUAAAUAUACAUGCAUAGUAAACAAUAUGAGCUAUCAUUGUGCAAGUAUGACUGUCUAAAGACGUGUCAUAAAAAAAAGGAAGUCGACUGCUGCGAUAUAUACUUGAAAUGCCUGAUUGUAAAUAGUCUCAUGAUUCAUUAAUCAAUAUACAUCCUGUUUAUAAAAUAAAAAGACGAAAAAUAUUUCU